UGGCAUGUUCAGUGAAUAGGUGAAAGGGUGUUGUCAGUUUUUUCUUAAUACAGAUAAUAUGGCUUCAGUCGUAGAACCAGCAAUUGGUUCUAACCACAGUCUCAUGAAACUCCACUUCAUGCAAUUUGCAGCAGGUGGUUGUGCAGGUUUUGUAGAGGUGUCUUUAAUGCACCCUCUUGAUCUUGUAAAGACAAGAUUCCAGGUACAGAGAGGGCCGGAUGAUCCUAACCGCUAUACCUCACUUGCAGACUGCUUCAAAAAAAUGUAUAGAAAUGAAGGGGCAUUGUCAUUUUAUAAAGGAAUUUUACCUCCACUGAUGGCAGAAACUCCUAAGCGGGCUGUGAAAUUCUUUACAUUUGAAAGAUAUAAAGACAUGUUUUCUUCUAUUAAGGCUUUACCUGAUUCAUCUGUUCUCUUUAUGGCAGGAUUGUUUUCUGGACUUACUGAGGGAGUCAUUAUAAAUCCAUUUGAAGUUGUGAAGGUUAAAUUACAAACUGAUAGACAUGCUUUUAAGGAGACAGGAAGCACAAUUGCUACUGCAAGGGAGAUAAUAAAGAAUGAUGGAUUUGGACGUCGGGGGUUAAACAAAGGCCUACCAGCCACCCUGGGUCGACAUGGUGUGUUCAACAUGAUCUACUUUGGCUUUUAUCACAAUGUUCGAGAUUUAAUACCCCAGGCAGAGACUCACAGUCUGGAAAUAGGAAGAAAACUAUUGAUAGGCUUUGUGUCAGGGACAAUAGCUUCAUGUAUUAACAUUCCAUUCGAUGUUGCCAAAAGCCGGAUUCAGGGGCCACAACCUGUGCCAGGAGAGAUCAAGUAUAGGACUUGUUUUGCAACUAUAGCUACAGUUUAUAGGGAAGAGGGCUAUCUAGCUUUGUAUAAGGGUCUUUUACCAAAAAUUCUGCGAUUAGGGCCAGGAGGUGCAAUCAUGUUGCUGGUUAAUGAAUAUGCCUUUAAGUGGAUGAAGGAAAAUUUGUGAUAAAUAUUAAUCAUGUUAUUUUAUUCAUAUGUUUUCUUACUUGAACUUUUUAAUUCCACUAUAAAUCAGUGCCAAAGAUCUUUUUGAUAUCAACAAAAAGGUCAUUUUUGAACUAUUUCUCUUGAUGGAACUUUUAAGAAAAAGAAUGCUUUUUAAAGUACCUGAAACAAUGUGGCAAAUGAGCAAAUAAUGAAUGCUACAUAGCAUAUUUAAUGGAAAAUGAAUAAACUUCAAAAGGCAAAUAUGCUUGAAUUACAUGAGCAUAUUUAUUUUUAAUUAUUUCAAUGUUAAUAUUGAAAUAAUUUUAUCUUUGAUAAUUUAAUCCAAUAAAAACAAACUGAGAAAUAUCAAUUCAAAUUAAAUUAAAAUAUGUUGAAGCUUGUAGUGUGAUUGCAUGUCCCUGGAUAAAGAUUUGAGUGAUAUGUAAUAUCUUCCAAAAUUCAGGGUAGCAGCAUGUGAAAAAUAGAUUUUAUUUCUACGUUGAGCACCUUUUGUAUUGAUAACAAAAAAAUCAAACAAACAAUCAUCUGGAGAAUCAGAUGAAUGGUAAUUAUAAGGUUACUCCACCCAUUCAAUAUGUUGUGCAUGCAUGGACAGUAAAUGAGAUUAAUUUUACUUCCAAAGAUAUGGACUUCUCAUUUCACUGGAGUGUCCUCUUUACUACUAUAAAAGUUUUGUAAAUAUUUCCUGUGCCAAAUAAUAACAGAUUAUUUUGGUAAUUAUGUUUACUAUGAUAUUUAGAGUUAUUUCCCUUUUCCUCUUGGCUUACUUUUCCUGCUUUCUUUUAGAGAAGAGUUCUAACAAUGAAGCAUUUGAAAAUGGCCUCUAGGCAAUAUGAUUCAAUAUUGCUGUUUUCUAUGGUUUAUUGUUCAUUAAUGAAUACUUUAUGUGAGAUUUUUUUGUAUGUGUGAAAACUAUGUAUAUGUAAUAGUAUUUACAUUUUAAUUUUGAUGAUUUUGAAUAAAUCCAACAGAAUAUAGACCCAAAUGAAAUAAAUUUUCUAUUUUUAUUUUCUAA